GCUACAUACGAGGAGGAACGUGUAGUUUUCUGUUCUUAUCUUUGAAUAUUUCAAGACCAUACGUGGAGAGAACAACAUCAAUGAGAAGACAUUGUGGAUAGUAAAACAUAUCGUAGGAUAUACAUAGGAGAACUAUUUCUUCAUUUACAAAUGACUUGGAAGUAUGAUUGAUGAAACCACCAGAGCAGAUGAGAAAUAAGUGACCACCCCAUCUCUGGGCCUUCAGACCUUUUUGUCAAUCAAAAGGUCCAACUGGAGCAACGAGACGCCACCUGCGUCCGGCUCUGAACAACCCCAAUAUUUCCUGCUUGUGUUGGUCCCCGUGAGUGUUUCAAAACUGUUUCUCCAACGCUUUUUCCAGAAACUCAGACUGUUUUCCAAAGCAGAAACAGCACAGACCUCCCAGACUGAGGUGAUGGGAAGUGUGCGGGCCAACCGCUACAGCAUCGUGUCAUCAGAGGAGGACGGAAUGAAGUUGGCCACUGCUGCAGUGCCAAAUGGGUACGGUAACGGGAAGACCAAGGUGCACACCCGUCACCAGACCCAGAGCAGGUUCGUCAAGAAAGACGGACACUGCAAUGUGCAGUUCAUCAAUGUCAGCGAGAAGAGUCAGCGAUACCUGGCCGAUAUCUUCACCACGUGCGUGGACAUUCGCUGGCGAUGGAUGUUUCUCAUCUUCUGCUUGGCCUUCCUGCUGUCGUGGCUAUUUUUUGGAUGUAUCUUCUGGCUGGUUGCCAUAUUCCAUGGAGACCUGGAAAAUGCAAGUCCGAAGUGCGUUUCGAAUGUAAGCACCUUCACUGCUGCGUUUCUCUUCUCCAUCGAGACACAAACCACUAUCGGCUAUGGCUAUCGCUAUGUUACGGACGAGUGUCCCAUCGCUGUGUUCAUGGUGGUAUUUCAGAGCAUUGUAGGCUGCAUCAUUGAUGCCUUCAUCAUUGGUGCUGUGAUGGCAAAGAUGGCAAAGCCCAAGAAGAGGAAUGAGACGUUGGUCUUCAGCCACAACGCUACAGUGGCCAUGAGGGACAAUAAGCUAUGCCUCAUGUGGAGGGUGGGCAACUUGCGCAAAAGCCACCUAGUAGAGGCCCACGUCCGGGCUCAGCUUCUUCGAUCUCGCACCACAGCUGAGGGCGAGUUUAUCCCUCUAGACCAGAUGGACAUUGACGUGGGCUUUGACAGUGGCAUUGAUCGCAUCUUCCUGGUGUCACCUAUUACUAUUGUUCAUGAGAUAGAUGAGGACAGUCCUUUCUAUGACAUGAGCAAGCAAGAAAUGGAAAACUCUGAUUUUGAAAUCGUAGUGAUCCUGGAAGGUAUGGUGGAGGCCACUGCCAUGACCACCCAGUGCCGUAGCUCCUACGUGGCCAGUGAGAUCCUGUGGGGUCAACGCUUUGAGCCUGUUCUUUUUGAGGAGAAAAAUUAUUACAAAGUAGACUACUCUCGCUUUCACAAGACCUAUGAAGUGCCAAGCACCCCCUUGUGCAGUGCGAGGGACCUUGCUGAGAAAAAAUAUAUCCUAUCCAACUCAAAUUCUUUUUGUUAUGAGAACGAGGUGGCCCUUUCAAACAAAGAGGACAAAGAGGAAGGGAACGGGGAUAGCAUGGGGCCUGUAGGAACAAACACCGACACUAGCUCAGACUCAGACCACAGCCAAGCCACCUUAGAACCACGGCCUCUGAGGCGGGAAUCUGAAAUAUGACUGUGCAGAAAUUGUGGCAAGGUUUAACAGACACCUCUUUAAACAGGCACAUUGAGCUGAACUGAGCUCUUCGGUGAGGCAGACUCAAGCUAACGGUACAGUUGCGAGGAGGAAUCGACAGAGAAACUGUACAAGAGUGUUCUAACGAAAAUGCAUGGUUAAAAAAACAGCAUAGAGGUUACUGCACAGCUAAUGAAGAAUGCACAUCAAGGGGAGGAGUGGGUUACCCAAUUAGGCUACCUUUUAGACCGUUGCUUCUAUACGACAUGAAGUGGGGAGUAUGUAACUGGUAGGCAAAACUUGAAAAUGAGCAGGCAUGCAGCCCUGUGCAUUUGGCCGAAUGUGAUGUCAGAAUGAAUUUGAGCUUAGACACGUAUUUAAACAUUUUCAGCCAUUCAUUCAUGCUGCUACAAAAGUUGAUUUGAUGUCUGCAUUGAAAAUUAAUAUGUACCCAGUUCUGUCCAUUUCAGUUGGACAAUUUUAAUAGUUGCAAAUGGAAAAAAUACAUUAAUGCUCUAUAUUUACAAUAUUAAAAUCUGCAAAAUAGAAACCAAUAUUAGAAGGUAAAUUUAAAGAAACAACUCUCCACCUCCACAUUGAAGCACAGAAGGACUUCAAAUGAGAAAUGCACAGUGAGUGUUAGACAAUGUCUUAAGUAUAAUAAGAAAGGACAUUAAAGUCCUGUUUCUACUGUGUAGUUAAUUAUCCCAUCGUUCCCUUUACUCCUUUUCUAUAUAAGUCAGCUAAACUUAAGCUGAGCCUGCAGUUUAUUUCAGGUUAUCCUAAGGCAGGCUUUCUGAGGAGAAACGCACAGGAACAUGCCUGUUUAUUAUGAGAAAUCGGACAGGGUCUUUAAAUCAGUAUCAGAGUGAGGCAUCACAGUCAUCGUGUCCGCAGGGAUGAAAAGAGUGAACGUGUUAAUGAAUGUCUUUCUACAAGUGCUGCUAAGUUGAAUAUUAAAGAGUUUUAGAUGAAACCAAAGAGUAUUCAAAAUGAUCUUUUUUUUUUUUAAAGAAUGCAUCAUUUGUUUUUAUUUUUUUCUUGGCGUAAGACAACAGGACAAGUCAAAACAUGGAGUAAAAAUAUAUAUUUGUAAGUGAAAAUAAUUGUUUUGUUUGUUUAUGCACAUGGAUGGUUUAUCAGAUAUUUUCUUAUUCAAAGCCAAAUGUGUAUAGUACAAAAACAGAAAAACAAAGCCCAUAGGAAAUAAGACUGCUACAGGUUAGCCGACCUUAUUUUCAAACAGCUAAACCCUCGUUUUCUUCCCAUAACUUCAGUGUUACUACAGUUUAUUGCUACAUAAGUGUUUGGGUUGAAAAUACUGCUAGGAAACCUUUAGAUUUAAGGUUCUGUUUGCAUGGAUUACAACUGUGUGAGUGUACCAGGGUCGAAAGGUUUAGGUUUAUAUACUUUUUGUUUUAUUUAAAAGAAGGACAGAAAGCAGCCCACUCUCCCUUCUGACUUUAAACCUCUCUAAUCAUUCAUUAUUUCUUAAUCAACUCUAACCUCUUGUCUUACCUGGUAAACUGCAAUACAACCCAAAUGACUAAUCUGACAUGUGUACCUAGGACUGGGUAUGUAGGACUGGGUAAUUAGACUGAGAUCGUGGUACUGUGAUCCAAAGACAAUCAGAACACAGAAUCUGAGCUCAGAACCGCACUUGCACACAAAAUGUGCACUUGAGAUGUCACAUCACACUUGAUUGCUUUGUCAAACUUGAUUGCAAUGUUUUUACCCUUGUUUUUUUUUUUUUUUUUUUUUUUUUAUA